AUGUCUCGACGAGGCGGUAGCGACUACGACGAUCGACGGGGCGAGUACAUAUCCCGCACUCGCUCGCGCUACGACGAGCGAGACUACCGGGACUAUGACGAUCGGGACUAUCGUCGGCCACCUCCAGCACGCGAACGGGAGCGAGAGGUGUUGGUCCGUGAGGAGGUGCGUGAGCGCGAUCGAGUAAGGGACGGGCCGGCAUACCUGCGAGACGACUAUGGCCGGACAGAAGCAGGGCCAAUGGUCCUUCGCAAGCGAGAGACUGAGGAAUUCGACGUUGUUCAUAGACGUCCACGCACACCGUCUCCGGAGCCGGAGAAGGAAGUGAAGAAAGAGGAAAUCAUCAUCAAGACUACAGAUGAUCAUGACCAUGGUAGGCGAAGGGAUAGAUCCAUUGAGCGAGAGGAGAUCAUUAUUCGAAAGACCGACGAUCGUGACGACGACAUUAGAAGUGUGGCAGCUUCUCGUCGAGGUGGGGACCGCGAGAAGGAAGAGAUCAUCAUUCGGCGCACCGAGGAGGAUGACACACGUUCAAGACAUGGGAUUGAUCGAGAGAAAGAAGAAAUUAUAAUACGUCGCACCGAGACGGAUGACGACCGUUACUCUCGAAGAGGUGGCCGAAGCGAUAUCGGCAGACUUGACAAUCGACCCAUCUCCCACGAACGAGAGCGGUCUCGAGUGCGAGGGCGAGAAAGCGAUUCGGAGGAGAUCAUUAUUCGCAACGAAGAUCGAGGCCGCGGUGACAAGCAACAAGAGAUCAUCAUUCGGCGUCACUCGCGCUCCAACUCGCCAUCCUCAAUCUCAACUCGAGGCCCUCCUCCGAUCCACGCUCCUCCUAUCCACCAGGAAAUCAUCACUCACCACCGCCACAUCGACCACGGCUUUGAACGAGCCCGACCUAUCUCACGGCCACCCACACCGCCCUCACCGCCUCGACCACGAGAAAGGUCAGAGGAGCGGAUCGAGAUUCGUCGGUCUGGCGAGCGCGCCAAUGGCGAGCAUUACAGCGAGGACAUUAUCAUUGACCAGAAGCAUGACGAUGCCCCACGUGAUCGGCGCCCUCGCGAUCCGAUAUAUGACGACUAUGUCCCUCCCCGACCACUGCCCGGUGCUCUUGCACCAUACCGCCCUGAACGCGAACGCUAUGAUGGGAGUGUCGCAGAUGAAGCCGAAUACUACAAUGAUAUGGCUAUGCGACGUGGCUAUCCUGGUGAAGCCUACAAUGGCGCAACGAGGGACUGGGGUCUUGUUGAUGUACCUCCAGGCACAAGACGAGUGCGUAUGGAUGGUCAAGGCGGCGGCGGGCAGGAGAUCACGUGGCAGCGAUACAGCGGGAAUAGACGAAGCCGAUUCUAUCCCGAUGAUCGAGAUCGGGAUGGCAGGCCAGAUUACUAUCCAGCGAAAUCGCCCGCCCUGAACCGCCAGGCACGAUCGGUCCGCAAGAUCACCAAGGAUCUUGUGGUGAAGGAGGCCAUCAAAGAGAUGGGUUACGAAUACGAAGAGACAGAAGAGUUCUACUACAUCUUCAAGUACCUCGGAUACGACGAUAUGGCCCGUCUGGUCGGCUUGUCAGACGACAUCCGCAAGCAACGCGACCAGCGUGUACGUGAGAUUGGUUGGGAGAAUCGGGUCAUGCCUCCGCCGGGAUUGCUGCCUGAGCCACGACCACGGCCCGCAAUUGAGCCUCCUCCACGGACCUGGGACCACGAGGAAGACAGGUAUAUCGAGAGGGAGGUCGUCUACCGAGGAGGCAGGCCGCCUCCGCCGCCAGGUUGGCGGAGAUGA